AUGCCGCCGACCCGUACUCACGAGGAAGAGUUGAGAAUCCAAGCGGAGAGAAAGGUGAAGUUCAAAGGAACAGCUUGUAUCAGGCUCGAAUGGCUACAUUUCCAAGGAAAGAAGCCCAGAGAGCUCAAGAGGAAAAAUGUCGAGAGGUUGAAAUCGAACUUUCGGAAGAAAUGUGAUCGACUGCCCAUAAAGAAUCACAUCCCCGCCUUAAUAGAACAACAGCACCUUGAUGUCGCCCUCCAGGCGUCGGGCAUCUUACCGGCGACCCUGCUUAGUAAUCCAGAUGUCGGCUAUCCGGAUUUAGUUAUCCCAGCUGGGUAUCAGUUAGAAUGCCUUCACGGUCGGCACCGAAUUCAAGCUGCGAAGGAGGUCCUUCCCUUAAGGGAUAAAUGGUGGACAGUUGAUCUUUAUCUCGCGGACGCCAACCGCGAGCUUAGAAGCUGUCUGAUCGAGGAUUAUGCCAACGAGGAGAAGCCUACUGACGGCGAGAUCUACUGCAAAAUACGCCAAUAUCACUUUCAACACAAUCUCAGCUUCGAACAGCAAUGGUGGACAUGGUUGACUCCACAAAAGAGCAAAAAUUUAAAACAGCUUCUUCGGCACGAUGACUACAGGGCGACUUUCGAUGCUUUUUUGCAGAUUCCGUCCCUCUUGGAAGGGGGACUGAUACUCGGUAUAUGGCACAAGGUGGCGGCCGUCAGAUGUGAUGAGCAAUACUUGCGGUACCUCCAUCACACCUUGGAGUUCUGGAGCAUGCUCCUCCAACGAGACCUGGGAGCAAUGGAAAAGGUGGAUCAAGAUACCGUCAAAGCUUUGGAACUUACAGCGCCGUGGGCAUCCACUCUCGAUGCGAAAGCGCUACGUAGCCAAGUGCUCGGCGGGGCGAUCUUCAGCAAUUUUACCAGAGACGAGCGUGAGGGAAUCUGGAGGAGGUUGUCAGGGUUCAAAGGGCUGGUACCGUCCAUACGCUCUUUUUUCAGGAAUUAUAGUUAUGUGGAGGCUUGCAUGAAUUGCAUAAAACGCUUAACAAGCCUGCGACCUGGAGAGACAGUGUCUACUGCAUUGGAACGAGCAUUUUCUAGCACGAGCUUAGGCCUGGAUCAUACGGUAAUACAGGUUACGGAAUCUACAUUUAGGUCCAGGUCCGCAAGCUUCGGAGAUCGGGUGGAACUGGGGUGUCGCCAACUGUACGCGUACGCCAUGCGCCAUUUCCUCGAUAUGCCCAGAGAGCCUCAAGCGCGUGACCGUCGAGCAACGUCGAUAGCCAAAGCAGACCCAGCUGUACUGCGCGGGUUUGCUGAUCUGGCUAGCCGACUGGGCUUUGACAGCCCAGAGAUUAUGGCUUUAAAACAAUAUCCGCAUUCGACGGCCAAUAUCGUCAGCUCUGAUGGAUCGCGUCCAUUGCUCGUCACGGCCGGUCCAGGUGAAAGCAUAGACCGGCGAUGGGGGUGCCCAGGGGUAGGGGACUACGAGGCAGAUAAGGAAUUCCUUUUCAUCGAUCACUUUCACGACACUAAAGAGGAACAAGGUGAGGGGAUCACAUCAUUUUUCAUUCGGAAAUUUGUGUACUUGAAUUUCUUCGGCAGACCGUCACCGGCCACCAUCGUUUCCCCCACUCCGGACCAUUCCACUACGGAGGUGAGAGUCGCAUCGUCACUGAGUACCCAUCCAGACCCACAAGCUCAUUUGCAGCUGGUAGUCUAUGAAGAUCAUCUUGGGUCCGACGACAUGGCUGUGGACACUGGAACCUUACAAGAUGAGAGCCAGCAACUGGACAACAUAGACGUCGUUCAACAGGAGCAGGAAAGACUUGCGGAAGAACAAGCAGAGCAAGAGAGACUCGCAAGACAGGAGCAGGAGAGGCUCGCUAGAAUCGAACAAGAAAAGCAGGAGCUGGAAAGACUCGCUAGAGCCCAACUGGAAAAGCAGGAACAAGAAAGGCUCACUAGAAUCGAACAGGAAAGGCAGGAACAAGAAAGGCAGGCACAAGAAAGGCAGGAACAAGAAAGGCAGGAACAAGAAAGGCAAGAGCAGGAAAGACUCGCACAGCUAGAAUUGGAACGAAUCGCACAAGAGCAACGGGAACGGGAGAAUCAGGCAAAAAUGGAACAGAAAAGACAGGAGCAAGAAAGGCUUGCUAGAAUAGAGCAGGAGAGACAGGAGGAAAGACUGGAACAGGAAAGACGGGAACAAGAGCGUGCGCGACUCGAGCGGGAGAAGCUAGAGCAGGAAAGGCACAAGGAAGAGCAAGAGCAGAAUGAACGAGAGAGAGAAGAGCGACAAAGAGCCGAACAAGAAGACUUACUCGACGAAGACCUUAUAGACCAAGUAGAAAGGGCACAAAAGGAAGAGUCGGUGCAAGCGCCAGCAGGCGAAGUCUCGACGUCGAGAGCUCCAAAACGUGGGACCCAAAUUGAUAUUGAGAAGGCCAUAAACGAUUCCAAAAACCUUGAUGACUUGCACAGCACUACGGACCAAAGGCAAGAAACUCCACAAGGCCAGACGCAGGAGACAGCAGAACACACGACUUCGGCACCGAUUCCAACACCAGGUCAGGAUCCAAGGGAAACUUUGAUUGACUCAGCGGCCUCGGCAGCAAGGCUCGCCAGGCUGGACACCACCAAGAUCCGUAUCAAGUUUAAAUUUCUUGAAGAAGGCAUCUGGAAAGAUAUUACCUUUCGCGACGUUGACCCUUUCGAUCCAUCCGAGAUUGAGCGCAUGGCAAAAGAACACAUGAGACAGGGAAUGAGGCCAUUCGAUACUGAGUUGCGUUUGUUGGCUCCAUGCGAUUGCUUCCCAGCGGUCGUCGCCGAUGGGACAAAUACGAUACUCUUGGUUCCUGAGAGCAAAAUCAGCAUCACUGAGGAGCUUAGAUCUUCAGCAUCGGACGUUAGAAUCGAUGCCUUAUCUCACCAAGAGCGUAUACUCAAACGAGUCACGAACGAGGAUAUAUCUCAACUGCAUCAUCUGCGGAAGAAGCAGAACGCGAGAACAUUAAGAUGA